AUGAACAAAUCACUUCUCUAUGCAUUGUUUUUAACCAUCCUUACAAUUUCUUCUGUGACCUGUGGCACCAAUUUCUCUUUGACUCCUCUCAGUAAACUAUUCGAAACUUCCAAAAGUUUGUCUAAAAAGAGAGGAUCAGCAGGUAAUUUAUGUUGUUUACCAAGAACUGUCUCCAUGCUUGGUGAUUACAUUUUUUUCACCCCAAAUUCCAUGAUUAAUUCUUUUAAUGGCACUUCCUCAUUCUAUGCAGAUUAUAAAUUAGGAAAGAUUAGACAAGAAGUCUCCAAAUCACCUACUGGUCAACCAACUCCUCACAUCCUCUACACAUUCAGAAUUGCUGGCUCCCAAUAUGUCAACUUUGAAAUCAUGAAUAAUCAAUGUGGAUGUGUCAAAUAUCAAUAUGAUUUCGAUUGGUUCUGUCUUCCAAAUCAAGGAAAUAUCAGCAAGGUCAGAAUUGGUCAUUUAGAUGCAAAGAGAAUUGUCUCCAAAUCGCAACAGCAAUUCAUGGAGACUUUCAUUUUCAAUGAUAAUCCAUCUCAGAGCGAGAAUUGUUGGAUUUUAAAUACCUACUCACAAGAUUCAUUUGGAAGUAGCUUGGAAAAUAAUUAUAAUAUGGUUGAGAGUGUUGAUCCAAAUGUGUUUAAGGUACCAGAUAUUUGUCCACCAAUUGAUCAAUGUAAAUCUGAAUAA